AUGUUAACAACAUUGGAGAAAGAAGGCUUUAGACAAAUUUUAAACAAACUGUCGCGAGAAGUUGAUGCUUUAAAAGAUACAGUGACAAAAAAGCUGAUUGUCACUCACGGAAAGGGCGAAGCAAUUGAUGCCAUUAUAACCUUCAGUGAAACAGCCCUUGAGUUACUGAAACGGAGGAAGGUGAAAAGAGAUGCUUUGUUUCGGUACCUGGCAGACAGGAAUGUCCCAGUUAAUCCUGCAGCAGAAAAACACCAGCUGAUUAGAAAGAUCCUCAUAUUAUGGGGUAGUCAUUUUAAUGAUGCAGAGAUUGAGGAGACGGUCAGUGUGGAGUCUGUUUUUAACAGGCGUAUGUUGCUACCAGGUAAUGGACAGGAAAUAGCGAGAUCUACUGACUUAACCCCUCAGGGUUCAGUUGUUGAGCUCAGUUGCCGCCGGAGAUACCACAGGACCAUUAGGUAUCCUUCAAAUACAGUAUGGCCAGAACAUACCAACCAUAGCGUGAACGUGGUCAACGCAGUGCAGAAUGCGACGGCGCAAUUUUCCAAUACACCAUCGACAGCUUCUGAUAAUAGCAUCACUACCCAAAUCCUAGGUGGAGGGAAUCGCAACAGUCAAAGAGACAACAGUAGUGUUCGCCACUCCACUAACACAGUACAGUCUGUGACAGCUCGUACUUCCCAAACCAGAUCAACUGCCUCUGAAAUUAUUGGCACUGCCCAGAGCUCACAUGCAGAGAAUCGCAACAGUAGAAGAGACAACAGUAGUGUUCGCCACUCCACGAACACAGUACAGACUGUUACAGCUCAUGCUUCCAAAAGCCAAUCAACUGCUUCUGUAAAAGUCAUCACUGCCCAGAGCUCACAUGCAGGGGAUCGCAACAGUAGAAGAGACAACAGUAGUGUUCGCCACUCCACGAACACAGUACAGUCUGUGACAGCUCGUACUUCCCAAACCAGAUCAACUGCUUCUGAAAAUAUUGGCACUGCCCAGAGCUCACAUGCAGGGAAUCACAACAGUAGAAGAGACAACAGUAGUGUUCGCCACCCCACAAACACAGUACAGUCUGUGACAGCUCAUAGUUCCCAAACCCGAUCAACUGCUUCUGAAAAUAUUGGCACUGCCCAGAGUGCUCCUCUAGGGGAUCGUAACAACCAAAAAGACAACAGGAGCAUUCGUAACUCUAGGGACACACAACGUCCUUGCUCAGAACGAACUGCUUCAGAGAAUGUUGUUCCACAUCAGAGCGCAAGAGACCGCUCACCUCUUCAUGAGCUUAGCAGUCAGAGAGGCUCCCAGGGAGAGUACAGGAGCAUUCUUCACUCCACAGACACAGUGCAGCUUCCCACAGAGUCUACUUGCCUAGUCACCAAGCCAGAUGCUGCAGAAAACGCUGUGGCUCACCAAAGCCAACCCGAUAAAAACUUUGAACUUGGCAAGGAAUUUGUUAAGUGGUAUUACAAAAUUUUGAAUUCUUACAAUCCCUCACUUCAGAGUACUCCUGACGGGGAGUUCGGGCCACAGCACUUCUGGUCAGAUUGCCGGCUGAAAAUGCAGAGUGUUGUUCAAGGGGAGGUAAAUGUGGAGAACUUUGAGGGCUGCGGUAUUGUGGCGAACAGAUGCCUGGCAUUGGUGAAAGAGGAACGUCUGCUGUUCAAUCCCAAUAUAGACAUGGACGGUAUCAAAGUGAAAACGGAGCCCCAUGGACUGGUGCUAGUGUUGACCUGUGGUACUCUCCACAGGGUUAAUGACUGCCUCGGCGUGUUUGAGCAGCUCUUCGGACUAAUCAGUGACCCAGCUAUGGACAAUAACUGGAAAGUUAAAAUGUCAACGUUGACAAUGAAAAGCUCCCAGCACCCGACAAUGCCAAAGCUUGGUAAUGGUGAGCAGCUGUUGGCCAUUCAACCCCCAUAAAACAAGACAGAAAAAUAUAUAUCUCCAGUACAUGGCCAGUCUCUAAUAGGAAUUUUGUGAUAAUAAUAGAUCAUGUUAUGUAUCCAAUUACUAUGUCAAAAUCUCUGUUACUGUUUUGUUAUCUAAUAUGUGUUAAUAAUCGGUAUUUGUUUACCAUGGAACUCUCAUGAGAAUCAUACGAUUUUGCAAGUAAGGGUUAAUUGCUGUACUCUUGAGGCGGAUGUGCUUGUCAGUUGCUGGAAGUGAUGUCAGAAGAUAAAUUGUCCAGAAUUACCAAAUGCAUUUCUUUGUUAGAAUGCGUUGGUAGGUAGGUGUCAAAACAAAAAAAUUGUAUCAAGAUACAACUGUUACAACUAUCAUGGCUCUCGUGAAAUUUUUGUGGAUGUCAAAAUACGAUUAGGUGACACCAAAUGAAACUUUUGUUUUGUGGGCAGAAUGAGGUGCUAGUCAUGGGCUGGUAAAGUACUAUAGAUGCUAGUCAUGGGCUGGUAAAGUACUAUAGAUGCUAGUCAUGGGCUGGUAAAGUACUGUAGGUGCAAGUCAUGGGCUGGUAAACUACUGUAGGUGUGAGUCAUGGUCUCUUAAACUACUGUAUGUGCUAGUCAUGGGCUCGUAAACUACUGUAUUUGCAAGUAAUGUGCUGGUAAAGUACCUUAGGUGAUUGUCAUGGGCUGGUAAUCUACUGUGGAUUUCUCCCAUGCCCGUUUAGGGCUGGUCCCUCAGAGUGAUGUUAUUACAAACACUUUUGACCAAUGCGGUUGCUGUGAAUUCAAGUCCAGCUCAUGCUGGCUUCCUCUCCGGCCAUAAGUGGGAAGGUCUGCCAGCAACCUGCGGAUGGUCGUGGGUUUCCCACGGGCCUGGUUUCCACCCACCAUAAUGCUGGCCGCCGUCAUAUAAGUGAAAUAUUCUUGAGUACGGCGUAAAACACCAAUCAAAUAAAUAAAUAAAUAAACACUUUUGUGCCAGUGUGAUAGGGUUCAUGAUUUUGAGCAAGGUAAACAAAACAUAAGCUGCACAAGGAUGCGUGCUUUAAUUAGUCCUGCACCUCUAAGAAAGUGGUCAUUUAGAUGUACCAUAAGUUCACAGUCAAGGAAACUAAUCUCCGCUAGUGCCAAAUAUUGUUUUAAAAGGUAUUGAAUUUCUGUUAUAUGGCAUUGUCUAUGCAUGUAAAUAUUGUUAAUGUCAGUCACCAUUGAGGUUCUUGUGGAUAAAUGCUUUAACUUUACCAUUAAAAAAUAAUUUCAAAAGAAUUUUACCAUUAAAAAAAAAAGGUUCACAAAUUUUGUUCAUGUGUAUUGAAGAUGCUUUAGUAAUACUGAAGAUUACCUUAGGGAUCAUGAAGCGAUUUUAAA